CUCCUUCUCUUUUUCUCUUUUGUUUGAAAGGUUAACCUACUUGAUAAAAGAGUAUUAAUUAUGGAUUAUCACCCUGAAAUUGUCGAACAAUUAAUCUUGGUAAUUAGUUUAUAACCUAGCGUUCUAUGGUGCCGCAGCAUAACUAACCUUAUGUCUUUCUGUAGUGUCCUGGCUGUGGUGCACCCACACCUCCCAACGCUGCCAACAUGUGUGUCAACUGUAUCCGUAACGAAGUCGAUAUUACUGAAGGCAUUCCCAAGCAAGCUACACUUCACUUUUGUCGUAACUGUGAACGUUACUUGCAACCUCCUGGUAUCUGGGUCAACGCUCAACUAGAAUCCAGAGAAUUAUUGACAUUGUGUUUAAAGAAGCUCAAGGGCCUUAACAAGGUCCGUCUGGUGGAUGCAGGUUUCAUCUGGACAGAACCUCACAGUAAGCGUAUCAAGGUCAAAUUGACGAUCCAAAAAGAAGUGUUUGUCAACACAAUUUUGCAACAAAUCUUUGAAGUUGAAUAUGUGGUUUCUGGUCAACAGUGUGAUGAAUGUACUCGUUUAGCUGCACAAAAUACAUGGAAGGCUGUGGUUCAAUUACGUCAAAAGGUGGAGCACAAGCGAACCUUUUUGUACCUUGAACAGUUGAUCUUGAAGCAUAAUGCGCACAGAGAUACAACCAACAUCAAGGAAACAAAGGAUGGUAUUGAUUUCUACUAUGGUGCUCGUAACCAUGCUAUCAAGAUGGUUGAAUUCUUGAGUGCUAUUGUUCCUAUGAAGUACAAGACAAGUGAACAGCUUAUUUCAAAAGAUAUCCAUACAAGUGUCAGCAACUAUAAAUUUACUUACUCUGCUGAAAUUGUGCCCAUCUGUAAGGAUGAUCUUGUCUGCAUACCCAAAAAAUUAGCCAACAACUUUGGUAACAUCAACCAACUCUUGAUCUGUUCACGUAUCAGCAACUCCAUUCACUUGUUGGAUGUCAAUACUUUGGCUGUGGCUGAUGUCUCCACAACACAAUAUUACCGUUAUCCUUUCCUUUCCCUUGCAAGUGCCAAGUCUAUGAUUGAAUAUUAUGUGUUGGAUGUCGAGCCUUUAGGUCCUGUCAAUGGCAAGCGUGUUCUCUGUGAUGUGCAUGUUGCUCGUAUGUCUGAUUUUGGUCGUAAUGAUGAACAGUUUAUCGCCCGUUCUCAUUUGGGUGCUAUCUUGAAUCCCGGUGAUACUGUGAUGGGUUAUGAUUUAGCCCGUGCUAACUUCAACAAUAAUGAUUUUGAUCAUCUCAACCAAGUCAACUUACCUGAUGUUGUCCUUGUUCGUAAGUCUUAUCCUCAACGUCGCAAGAAAACCAAGCAAAGAAACUGGAAGUUGCAACAAUUGGGCAAGGAAGUGGACGAAAUGUUACCUCGUAAACAAGAACAAGCCAAGAUUGAAAAUGAUAUGGAACUGUUUAUGCGUGAUAUUGAAGAAGAUCCUGAAUUCAGAUCUACCAUCAAUAUCUUCAAGGACACCAAUAAGCCUCCUCAACCUGUUGAAGGUAAUGAAAUGACUGAUGCCUCUGAGGAAGAAGAAGACUUCCCUGAAAUUUCUUUGGAAGAAAUGUUGGACGAAAUGGCCAUUAAUAUGGAUGGUCCUGAUGCUGAACAGGAAGAUGAAGAUAUGAUGCAAAUGUAAAUUUAACUAAUCAUUUAUUUUUUUUUAAUACGCCA